GCUUCCCUCUCAGGUUCCUUGUGUCUGUCCUCCAUUGUCUGUGUAGCACAACUGCCCUCACUCACCUUCUUAUUAAUAAUGUCUGCAGCUGACUGAGCUCCUGCUCCAAUGGAUGAGACAGGGCAGCUCCCUGGGCUUCUGUACAGACUAAACACACCCAGUAUAACCUUAUUAAAUAGCUGCCACUACAUCUCACCUCUUAAAUCUCUGCUCACACAACAUACAUGUCAAUUAAUCAGCUCAGGGGAGGGCUCAGUGUCACAGGGUGUAGUGACGUGUACAGGAGUCACAUGGGCAGGAUUACUUUAUUAUAUAGGUGGGAAUAGGAGGCGUGUCCUGUCACAGUAGGUGGAGCCAUCACAAACAUGGCUGCCCUCAGUCCUUCAUUGCAAAGCAAAGACUCUUGCAGGUAAUUAGGUAAUGAGCAGGGUUUGUUAUGUGGAACAGGCCCGUUUAAAAAGAAUAAGGACAUAACUAGGAGUAGUGUUAUGUUAACUAGAUUAUUUUAUCCACAAUAUUUUACAGCACAUUAUUCUUAUUUAUUUUACAAUGUGGCACCAUAGCCAAGGUGGGAACUUACAUUAUUAACCAACACCAACAAAUCAUCCUCCGUUAGUGCAAACGGGAGGAGACGUAACCCUAUCCAACAGAAUCUGUAAUGUCAACCUAAGGGGAAACAGUCCUACAUAUAUAUAUAUAUAUAUAGUGUCCUGUGUCUCUUGAGUCCAAGCUGUGUGAUGCCACAGUAAUAUCUUAACAUAAUAAACCACUUUGAGGGAAACUGCUGGGAAUAAUCCUGUAUAGAAAUGUGUAAGUGCUUAAUUCCAGGGUCACUUCCAGGUCAGUCCCUCCCACAAGGAGCCAAUGGGAAUGUGGGAGGAAGCGAGUGACACAGGGAUGAAGGGGAAGAAGAAGAAUAAAAAUGAGGAGGAGCGGGGGAAGAAGGAGAGAAUGGUGAAUCUGACACUGGAGAUGAUCUAUCUGCUGACUGGAGAGCACUACAUCCCUAGGAAGAAGUCAGAUGAUGGGGGGGCCCUGCAUGCCCCUGGCUCCGUCAUACAGAAGGAAAAUAACAAGAAUGACAAGAAGAUCCUGGAACUCAUGUCCAACAUCAUCCAGCUGCUGACUGGAGAGGUUGCCAUAAGGACUCAUCAUGUUUCCAUCUAUUUUUCCUUGGACGAGUGGGACUAUAUAAAAGGAAACAAGGACCUUUAUGAGGAAGGGAUAAAGGAGGAGCCUCAGCAGCUCCACCCAAUGGACUGUGAAUAUGAAGAUAAGAGAGAUAUUACAGCUGAUCUGGGAGGAACAUUAUGUUCUAAUAAUGAGACAAGCAAGACUGGGGCUGAAGGAGCAGAUUUUUGUGACAAGGGAAAUUCCACAAACCCUGAAAUUUUUCCAGUGGAACAGCCCCCACCAGCCAAUGGGAUUAAAGAGGAAACAACUUUUUGUGAAGGAGGAAACCAAUCAGAUUGCAGCAUUAAUCCAUUUACAGAACAGAUACAGGGAACAGAUACACCUACUCCUAUCAUGGGAUGCAGCCUGAAGAACUGUGGGGCAGAUAACUACAUAUUAAAUGGUAUUAAUGAGCAGUCAACUUCAUGGGAAGGAGGAAACCAAUCAGAUUGCAGCAUUAAUCCACUUACAGAACACAUACAGGGAACAGAUACACCUACUCCUAUCAUGGGAUGCAGUCUGAAUAACAGCUUGUCAGCUAAUUAUAUGUCAGAUAAUAUAGAAGAGGAAGCCGUGUCAUGGGAAGAAGAAAAGCUUUCUGAUUUCAGAGUUAUUACUGUUCCACAAGCAAUACAGAAUAGCAGGGCAGAUAACGCCACCAUAGGAUGCAGCCUGGCAGAAUACUGGUCUAUGGGCAGCUCUAGCUCUAAAUCACAGACGGUACAAGGCACGAGCAAUGGUAUGGAGUGUAGUAAAGACAGAAACAAUUGUCUCGGUAGACAUCGGAGAUGCCGCAAAAGAGAGGAGCAAUUUAUUUGUUUUCAGUGUGGAGACUGCUUUAAAACUGGCUCGCAGCUUAAAUCUCACGUGAAGACGCACGACAGAAAGAGAAUAUUUUGUUGCUCUGAAUGUGGGAAAUGUUUCCCGCGAAGCUCGGAGCUGAACCGUCAUGUCCAGAGUCACCCAAGAACCAAACCCUUCUGUUGCUUUGAGUGUGGAAGAAGCUUUAAGCGGUACUCGGAUUUUUACUCCCAUCAGAUCAAGCACACGGGAGAGGAACCCUUCCAGUGCCCUCAGUGUGGCAAACGCUUUACUCGCAGCGCCUACCUGAAUGCUCACCUGAGAAUGCACGCACGCAAAAAACUCUACUCUUGUUCUGAAUGUGGGAAAUGUUUCACAGAUCAGGCCCCCUUCAUCAUGCACCAGAGGACUCACACCGGGGAGAAACCAUUUGUUUGUUCUGAAUGCGGCAAAGGCUUCGCCCAGCGCUCAAACCUCACGUCCCAUCAGAAGAUUCACAGUGGGGAGAAACCGUUCUCCUGUUCCGAGUGUGGGAAAUCGUUUAAACGCCGCAGCAACCUUAAAGUACAUCAGAGACUCCACACUGGAAAUAAAAUGUUUUCAUGCUCUGAAUGUGGAAAAUGCUUUAGAGACCGCUCGAACCUUAAUGUCCAUCACAGAACCCACACGGGAGAGAAACCCUUUUCCUGUUCUGAAUGUGGGAAAUGUUUUACACAACGGGGAGACCUUAAAACACACCACCGGCGAAAACACCAGUGAAUGUACAAAACUGUGGGACGCAAAGCAAUGUCUAUAGGAUUUUCCAGAAUCCAAGUCUGAAGGUCAGUUAGUGCGAGGUUUUGGUGUGAACAGUUAUACGCUGCUCUAGAUAUUCUUGGAACAUUGGCAAUGUAUUUAUAUAUCAUGUUACUAUGAGCUGACGAGGAUCCUGAUGCACUUGCUGCAAUGUGAUACAAGGAAUCUGGCAAUUAUUUAAAAGAAGAGCUACAAAUACAUAAAAUAACGGCAAACUUGGCGGAUUUCACGCGGCUGACAGGAUCUGAGACACAUUUGCAGGAAUGAGCCCCAACAGUUUUGGGUUUCAAUCACUUAGGGCUGUGCCAUAAGGAGCAAGUAGCCCAUGAAUGUCUGAUAUUACUGCGCCCCAAUGCUAAAUCUUUCAUGGGACCCACCACUUGGGAAGAUGCUGUUUUUCACUGAUACAGCUGCCAUGGAUCCUCAAUAUUCAUUCCUCCCCCCACGCUAUGUUGUUACCAUCUCUCUAGCUCAGGGGUUCCCAACCUUUUUUACCCGUGAGCAACAUUCACAUGUAAAAAAAGUUUUGGAGCAACACAAGCAUGAAUAAUUUUCCUUGUUGUGCUGAUUAAAGGAGAACUAAAGUAUAACUAAAGAAG